AUGUUCAAGCAGCGCCGCGUCCCGGCGAAAGCCCGCCGCAAGACCUACGCGUGGAGUGGCGACGGCGUCGGCGCGGACUACGACGAGGACGAGCCGGAGGAGCGCCACCGCGCCUCGGACCGCGUCGGGUUCGACGGUUGGCACGUGCCGGUACCGCCUGGCGUCGAUCCCGCCGAUCCCGCCGAACCGGCUCCCGAGGAGCCGCCGUCGAAGCGCCUCGCGCUAAUCCGCAACGGCCGCCGCGGCUUCGGCCUGCCGGAGGAGCUCGUGGAGCGCUGCUUGGCGUUCGUGACACCGCGCGACCGCCUGAACAUCUUCGGCGCCGCCUCGCGCGUCGCCAUGCGGGCCGCGCGCGAGCCCCGCUGGUUCCUCCCGCGGGCCUCGCGCCUCGCGCGCAAGCUCAACUCGCAGCUGCGCGCCCAGAUGGCGCUCGUCAACGAGCAAAUGACUGUCGUUUCUGAGGCUCAGGCCCGGGUGAAGCACUUUCGUGCGUGCCUCGGCAGCGUCGAGAGGAAGCUCGACGAUAGACGGCGGGAAUUCCGGGCGCACCGCGAAAAGCCGCUCGCGGCGGCGGUGCGGCGGCGAGCUCUAUUUUCGAAGCGCGGCGCGCGCGAGCUCGUCGACGUCGCGCGCGCGGCCGUGGCCUCUGAUGAUGUGGACAUCGCGCAGCCGUACGACGCGUACUACGACGGUGUUAUCAAAAAAGAUAUACGCGCUCUGGAGUUUUCUGUGGCACAAUGCGACUAUCGCUGGAAAGAGGCCCAGAGGGAUGAGCGUCAGGAACUGGAAUUGUUGACGGGCCUGCGGCGGCGCGCGAAGGUUUUGAAUAGCGGGUGCAAGGUCGCGACGCGGAUCGUCGCGGUGACCGAGGAGCGGCGGGACCGGCGGCCGCCUCCGAAUCUUUCGGGGGGUAGGCGCGCGUAA